AUGUUAACAAAUAUUAUACAAGAAGCUUUACAGCCCCCCUCCCCCUGUCUAUUAGCACAAUUCUGUAAUCAUACUGGUAUUCCAAUAUGUGGCAAACAACAAGAAGAAAAGCGAAAAUUCAUAGACGAUUGUGACAUGUACGAAUUUAACUGUGAUUAUCAUAAAGAAUUCCAAAAAGUUCCUGAUGGAGACUGUGAAAUACUACAUGAAACUAGCUCAACUUCAAGCACACAAGAUACAACAAUGAUGACGUCUCAAACUUUAACUCGUAUCAGUAGUGCACUUAUAACAGAAAGAACAUCUGGUACUAUUCCUAGUUCAACCGAAAGCACAACGCUGACCACUAUUCCCACUACAACAGAAAGUAUGUCUAGUUCAACCGAAAGCAUAACGCCAACUACUAUUCCCACGACAACAGAAAGUAUGUCUAGUUCAACCGAAAGCACAACGCUGACCACUAUUCCCACUACAACAGAACUUAUGUCUAGUGCAACUGAAAGCAUAACACCGACCACUGUUCCCAGUACAACAGAACGUUUGUCUAGUUCAACUGAAAGCACAACGCCGACCACUAUUCCCAGUACAAUAGAAAGUACAACUUCUAGCAGACCUGAAAUUACUACUGUUCAAAGCAAUACUAAAGCUAUAUCUGCCACUCCAAUUACAGAAAGUACACAAGGUGAUAUGCAAGUGACGGCAAAUUAUACAUGUACAUCGGGUGUGACCACAUUAGCUACAGAAAUAGUAGUUGCUUCAACAAUACCAGCUUCUAUUAAAACUGAAACAUCAUCUGCCCAAACAAAAACGAAUUCAACAACCAUGAACACACAUUUUAACAUUUCUGUAACAUGUAAUAUGUAUCCUAAGGACUGCGAGAGACCAGUAACAUGGGAAACAACAUCCAAAGGAGAGACUCGAGAUUUCUAUCAAAUACUCAGAGCUAAAUACGGAAAUCGGGUUAAAGUUUUAAGAGCUACUACACACUGGCCUAUCCCCGGUGUAGUUUACAGAUUUAAUGAGGAAAAUUUUCGAUUCGGUCGACAUAAUGAGAGUUAAGUUAUUUGAAAAUGUAAUAGGCUCUUGGACCAUAAUGUAGGUUAAUAGACUGAAGUGCACUACGUACGGUUUGAGCCAAGUUUACAAUUGGGCUUGGCUAACGGCCAGGUUUUAGUGGAACAGACUUUAGGGUUAUUCAUCUGUUUGUGUAUCAAGCGUUCAGACAAAGACGUACUUAGGGACUGUGACUUUUUUAUCGCGUCUGGCUUCUAUUCAGUUUACACUGACAUCGUAUCCAAUUAUGGCUUUAUUAGAUUUUCAACUAGAGGUGAUUUGAAGAACUUGCAGUUUAACAUUUAAAAACUGCACUAUUUUGAUAAAUCAUUCUAUGGCAUUUAUCACCAUCAAAACACGUGAUAUGGUGCAGAAUAAUAGAUUCAUUUUAAAUGCUGAGAAAUGUGUACAAGGUUCGGCCAAGGAUGGCACAUUGUUCAUUUAUCUGAUGUUGUUUUACAAAAGUAUAAUUAUAGACCAGUACAUUUUUGUGAUUUGCGAUA